AUGAGCCCUUGGAAUUAUCAAGACAGUGAUCAGGUGAUGAAAGGAGUGACGACGACGAUCAACGGAUCACGUCCCUCGCCGUUGCGAAUCAACAAAGAUUCUCACGCCAUCCACAAAAGUUCUUCCGAUCAGAAUCUGAUCCAUUCAUCGUCCGGAUCUCCCGCGAAGAACCACGGCGGCGGUGGCGGCGUGGCGUCCAAGCGCCAGCAGCCCCCGGUGAUCAUAUACACGCACCCCCCCAAGGUGAUCCACGCUCAGGCGCGUGACUUUAGGGCUCUGGUGCAGAAACUCACGGGAAUGUCACGCGCGGACGACGAUGUGAAAACCACCGUGAAACCCGAGCCGGAAGAAUCGGGGUCUUUGUACUUGUCCGCGGCCGACGUAAAAGAUCGCGGCCCUGUUAUGAAUAGUAAUAGUAAUAGUAAUAAUAAUGAUAAUAAUAAUGUCGGGUACGAGGAAACAAAGCUGACGGAUGAGAUUACGGAGCAGCAGGAUUGUUCGCCAUUGUACAAAUUUCCUAAUUAUCCGUGCUAUGAUGAUCCGAUUUUCGCGCCGAUUUCGAAUGAUUUCUUCUGCUCGAAUAAUCCGAUUUCACCUUCACUUAUGGAGAUGAUGAAUGGUUAUCAGUAG